CCAGUGGAAGCAUCCGCCUACCAGAGCACCUUGACCACCCCAGUAAAGCCUAAUCAUGUGUGACGACGAUGAAACUACCGCCCUUGUGUGCGACAAUGGCUCUGGCUUGGUCAAGGCUGGAUUUGCCGGAGAUGACGCUCCCCGUGCUGUCUUCCCUUCCAUCGUUGGAAGGCCCCGCCACCAGGGUGUGAUGGUAGGUAUGGGUCAGAAGGACAGCUACGUAGGUGAUGAAGCCCAGAGCAAGAGGGGUAUCCUGACCCUCAAGUACCCCAUCGAGCAUGGCAUCAUCACCAACUGGGAUGAUAUGGAGAAGAUCUGGCACCACACCUUUUACAAUGAGCUGCGUGUGGCCCCUGAGGAGCACCCCACCCUGCUCACUGAGGCCCCCCUGAACCCCAAAGCCAACAGGGAGAAGAUGACCCAGAUUAUGUUUGAAACCUUUAACGUUCCCGCCAUGUAUGUAGCCAUCCAGGCUGUCCUGUCCCUGUACGCCUCCGGCCGUACCACCGGUAUUGUGCUGGACUCUGGUGAUGGUGUGACCCACAAUGUCCCCAUCUAUGAGGGUUAUGCUCUUCCACACGCCAUCAUGCGUCUGGAUCUGGCCGGUCGUGACCUGACUGACUACCUGAUGAAGAUCCUGACUGAGCGUGGCUACUCCUUUGUCACAACUGCUGAGCGUGAGAUUGUGCGUGACAUCAAGGAGAAGCUGUGCUACGUGGCUCUUGACUUUGAGAAUGAGAUGGCCACCGCUGCCUCCUCCUCCUCUCUGGAAAAGAGCUAUGAGUUGCCCGACGGUCAGGUCAUCACCAUUGGUAACGAGCGUUUCCGUUGUCCAGAGACCCUCUUCCAGCCUUCUUUCAUUGGUAUGGAGUCUGCUGGUAUCCAUGAGACCGCCUACAACAGCAUCAUGAAAUGUGACAUUGACAUCCGUAAGGACCUGUAUGCCAACAAUGUGCUGUCCGGUGGUACCACCAUGUACCCUGGUAUUGCUGACCGUAUGCAGAAGGAGAUUACAGCUCUGGCCCCAAGCACCAUGAAGAUUAAGAUCAUCGCUCCACCUGAGAGGAAGUACUCCGUCUGGAUCGGUGGCUCCAUCCUGGCUUCCCUGUCCACCUUCCAGCAGAUGUGGAUCAGCAAGCAGGAGUACGAUGAGGCCGGCCCCUCCAUUGUCCACAGGAAAUGCUUCUAAACACACAACCGACCUCCUUCCGACCUUGCAUCUGUACGUUGUCUCCUGUAUAUAUAUGUUUAUGUCUAUUGUAAUAAAGAUAAGCCCUUGUGA